AUGGAGUCUGCAAAUCUGCAGCCCGGAUCGUCGGAUCAAUUCCGGAUCAGGCGAAAGCCCUUGUCAAACCCGAAUCUGCGUGGGACUGCGAAUGCCGAUCCUCAGCUGUCUCACGCCACAAGCUCCCCUGCUCUAGUACCACUGUCGUCAUUGCGGCCCCCGUCGUAUACUGAUCUUUAUGGACCAGCACCCCAAACACCCCAACCACCCCAACCUGGUUCUCUUCAAAGGCCUCGAACAGCGGGUGCCUCGUCAACAUCAACGACACCACCUCCUCCAUCCCCGUCACCGGUCCAGAAAGCAUAUGGCGAAGCCCGUCAUUUUCUCGGUGGUCUCAUUAAUCAUCCAGCCGAGUCUAAUAAGCAUUUCACAAUAUUACGACACUCUCAUGGCUUAGUGUUCUACCGUGGUAACACUACAUCGGUCGCUGUAUCCAUAUUCUCGGAUGCCCCUUUGCCAUUUGAUCGUACAAUAUGGUUACAGAGCAAAGGAUGGUCGGGAAACACCGGAAUGCGUACGAAAGCGCUGCUGCAUCUCAACAAUAGCUGGCUUGAUGUCACACCGGGAAUGCCCAUCCGAGCGGAUCAAGUAAACCCGGAUGAUGAACGCGCCUGGCAGCGCGAUAUCAAAAAGUUCCGCAAAAAGGCACCAACCCGGCCUCGAGAGACACAUCAAUUGCGCGAAACGGCUGUCGUGCGAAUUCCUGCCGAGGCUGGUGAUGGCUAUUUUCAACUGGUCCUUUGUCAGGGACAAAAAAAGAAAGUUCUCUGCCACAGCCCGGUUUUUCGAGUCAUCUCAACGUCAGCCAAUCCACAUUCCCUCCGGGGCGCCAGUUUGAGUACACUACCUUUAGAGGUCGGAGCAAUGGUAGUCAGUCUCUAUGCGCAGACGGCUGCGCAGACAGUAGCUGCGCCUGCUGCUGCGGUAGUCUCGGCUAAGGUGAAUCCCUACCGCCCGUCGUGGGUGACACAAACUGCGGUUCAGAAAGCCUACUCUGCUAGUGGAGUCAAACAUAGAGUGGCUGGAGUAUUGAACCCGUCCGUCGGGUCUGGUCAGAGAUCUGCGGCCGGUCAGGGCCCAUCGCCAGUUGUCGUUGAUGAAAUGUCGUCUGUUCACGAUGGGCCACAAUCGCCUUUUCCAAUGAACUUCAAGGCCCGUGGGGAGUUGGCGCACACUCCAUAUCAUAACAGUCCAAGCGAAACUACGAAGUUGGCUCUGACGAAGGUUCCGGACUGGGUUUCCGAGCAGCUGCGGGGAUAUUUCUUUGGCUGGGCACGUUUCGAAACAAACACAACCAAGGAUGCUGCUCAAGGGCCAUGGUGUCCUAUCGUCCUCUCAGUCCGCAACUUAGAUCCUCUGCGGGUAUCAAGGGUCGACAUGACACAGAUCGUACGGCGGACGGUGACUCUUCGUCUCUUGGGCGAAGUUCCCGUCCAGACGACCAAGCUCGAGAUUCGAAUCAUGGGAUAUCUUCGAGAUGACAUUCCACCCCCGACUGGAAGUAAUAGCCAAGAGCUUGCGAACGCACAGGCUGCUGCAGAGGAGGCAGCACUUUUAGCCGACAUAUAUGAUGUAUCCGUGGUGCAGAACACGUUGGCCCAUCCGGCCUGGGCGCCAGAUGUGCCAAGCGGCGCCGGAAAUCAACGGCAAGGCACCGCUUGGGCUGAUAAAACUCGAGAAGGAUAUGCCGCUGCGAGAGCCCGUGGUCUGAAAUGGGUAGAGCAGGUGCCUUUGCAUCGACUUGGGGUUCGGUCAGCUACAGAUGAGUGGAGAGAGAGACAAGUUGCAGUAGAUGGAUUCUAUAUUGUUCGGUGA